GUUCCAUUCAAAUUUAGACGUUCUUGCCGACCACACCUUCUUCCCUCUCCGAGUAGUUUCCGUAAGCACCAAAUGUCAAUCAGAGAUUCACAGGUCGGAGGAUUCGUGGUGGUGGAGGACGACCUUGAUGCUCUCUUAGAGCAUGUCCCAUAGCUUGCUUCGAUUAACUUAUCGAUGAGGAAGAAUUUCUGGCGGUUCUUAGUCGCUCUCACCUUCUGAAGCAUGCCAACUAUUUGGUUGACCCUGCAAACUCUUUGCCUCGGAGUAAAGCCACCCAAAUGUCUCGUGAAUCUUGUUGAUCACCGUAGCCAAUUUUUCUGGUGUGGAGGGUUGAAUCGACUCCCCACCUAAGUUCCAAGGUUUAACUGAGAUUUUUGAAUGAUUUUACCUGAGGAUUUGCGUGAAAAACUUCGCAACGAACCUCGAAGAGACACGCUUCUAGAGGUUGUAGUGGACUUGGGUCGUCCUCCCGAAGCACGAUUCCUUGGUGAUUAUGGUGGGCAAUAUUUGCGCAGUACAGAGGUUUCAGAACAGGACUUAGAGUUUGCACAAAAUGCUAUUGGAGAAUUUGGAGGGGAUAAUAGAGCAGGCAUAGAAGGGACUUUACAUAGGAUAUCUGCAAUAAGGAGUAGGAAAGGUCUUAUUGUUGGUUUGACCUGCAGAAUUGGCAGGUCUGUCACUGGUCAUGUUGACAUGGUUCGAGAUCUUCUGCAGUACAAGGAAAGCAUUCUGUUUCUUGGGAGACCUGGCGUAGGGAAGACUACCGUCAUGCGUGAGAUUGCAUGUGUCUUAGCCGAUGAAUUUCAUAAGAGAGUGGUAAUUGUGGAUACUAGCAAUGAAAUAGGGGGGGACGGUGAUAUUCCCCAUGCAGCUAUAGGAAGUGCACGUAGAAUGCAAGUUCCAAAGCCAACAAUGCAGCAUAAAGUUAUGAUUGAAGCAGUUGAGAACCAUAUGCCCGAGGUGAUCAUUGUUGAUGAGAUUGGUACGGAAGCUGAGGCACUUGCCUGCCAAUCCAUUGCAGAAAGGGGAGUGAUGCUUCUGGGCACUGCACAUGGAGAAAGGAUUGAAAAUAUAAUUAAGAAUCCAACACUUUCUGAUAUGGAUACAGGGAUGUUAGGAGCCAAGCCAUCUAAUCUUCCAAUGAAUCCACGUCUUCAUCUUCAUGAUGAUCAAUUGGAGCUAGUGGAUUCACGAUCUUACAGGUCUCUUAUUGGCAAGCUUCUGUAUGUCACUGUUGGUGGAGUACAAACUGUUACUUUAGGGGACGAAGAGGCACGAGCCAGAGGUUCACAGAAAAGUGUUCUUGAACGCAAGGCUCCUCCAACUUUCCCAUUUUUGAUAGAAAUGAGAGAAAGAGACUACUGGGUUGUUCAUCGGACUGAUCGAAGUGUGGAUGCGUUGCUACGUGGAGGGAGGCCACUAGUUGAGGUGAAGAAAAGGGAUAAGAAUUUUAAAGUUGUUACUGAAAGAUGGGUACAAUAUGACGGUGAUGGAAUCUAAGCAAUCUUUCUAGUUUACAAGCCGUUCCUUCAUUUUAGCUAAGCUCAUAUGUGAAUUUCCACCUAUGUUGGUUACUGAUCUAUGAGAGUGAAAGCGUUGGCUAUCUUCGGCCAUCGUGGGGAGCAGCAGCUGCAACAGCGGUCCAACGGAGGUUGUAUAUUAUAUUGUUUUAGCUGGUUGGUUUGAUCCGCAACAUCACACUGCAGGUUAAGGCGAAUUCAGUGUACACAUAAAACCAGACAGAGACUUGUGUAAACAUUUACACGUACAAUAUGUUGCAACAGGAUCUAAGUUAGUUCCGCAACAUCACAAUAUGUGUGGACAGAGACUGCAUGAUUGAAACUUUUAAAAACUACAAGUUUUGAUUUCUAAGUUAGUUCCACAGUUUUCAUGAAA